AUGCAAUCAACUGAACUUAUCUCGGACAUUAAAAGAAUAUGUGACAAAUAUGAAAAGAAGCUGCUUUCUCCUCAGAUUGCAGAACACUGUUUAAAACAAUGCAUAGAGGAGAAAACAAAGAAUACUUUACUCCUUUUUGUCAAGGGUCUACAAGAAGCAGAUUCUAUACAGUAUUGCCGUUCUGUUAUGAGAGUUCUAAACAAUUUUCAAUCUGAAUUGUCAAAUAUCAGUGAGCUAAGUGCUUUUGCUUCUCUUUUACCAAAUCUAUUUGGACAUAUUUUGGAUCCAUUGCUAAACGAAGACUUCUAUGAUCAUCUGAUAAACCUUCUUCAAUGUAGAAGCAAUACAAUCCUCUCUGGAGAUAUAACCAUUCAAACUGACGAGGAUACUUUAGUACGCACCCUCUUUUCACACCUCUCCCUUUCACUUCGUUUUUCCAUUAUUUCUAAAUCGAUUUCAUCUUGUGUGCUUUCUUCUUCUGCCGAGCUACGAGAUCUUUCUAGCCUAAUUCCAUGGCUCCAAUAUCUCUUCGGAGAAGAUCUCUUUGUUCUCCACAAUCUCCAUUACGAAUUCGAUGUUUUCUUUCGUCACCUCGAGUGUUCCUUCUUUGAAUCCCACAUUCUUGAAGUGGCUCGAUCCUAUCCGCAUUUCAACCUCCCUCCCAACCUUCGAUUAACCCAAGUCUAUUGCGACGAUCGCUAUGUUCGCCAUCUGGACGAGGUCGUCGCAUCCUGCAAAGAUGACAAGGAAAUCAUGGAGCUUUUUGCCCACAUCAUCUUCGUUUGUGAAGCGGCGGGAUUGGAAGUGAAGCAGAUCUCCAUGCUAUUGCAGCCGCUUUGUGAACGAAUUCGAAAGCGAGAGGAUUGGGUGAACGCGAUGUUUCUGGUGAUGGCAAGCGAAAUGAAUGUACUUCUCCGCUCUUUUUGUUAUUUCCGAGGAAAUGCUGACGAAUCCAAGACCACGAAAAAGAAGAAAAUGGAUUAUUUCGGGUUUUUCGUUUUGAUCGCCGGAGAUGUGAACGCGUUCGUGAACGUGGUGAGCGAUUUCUUCACCAAGCAAUUGCUCUUCGAAACGGAAGAAGCUGAAAACGCUUUAAUGUUCGUUCUUUUUUCUCUCUCUCUUUCUUAUUCGCAUAGAAUGGAAAAACUCAUGCUUUUUGUCAUUCGAAAACUCGGAAGAACCGAAUCCAAUCGCCUUGUGGGCAUGGUAAAACAUCAAAACUUUGGUCAAUCCAAGCUGCGCGAUCUUCGAAUUUCCCGAUCCUUCAAUUCUUCCUUCCACAACAAAGUCAAAGCUCCCUUUCGCUAUUCUUGCUCUGUUAUUUCCCGCGGUUGUUGGACGCUUCCAUCGAGUCAAAUCAUCUCGCUUCCGCCCGCCGUCGUGUCCCAGCAAAACCAACUGCAGCGGUUUUUUAAGAAAGCGUAUCGCAACCGGCAUCUCAACACGAUUGCGAACGAAGGAAGCGUUCAACUCACAGUGACGUUGAGAGGCGAAUCGCGAAGAAUGGAACUUUCGAUUAUGGAGUUCGUUCUUUUCAACGAAAUUUCGAAGAAUCGAAUCUGGACGACGGCGCAACUCAGCGAAAAGGUGGGAAUUUCCGUGUCGGUGGUGUUAAAACUCCUGUAUGGAUUGAUCGAACGGCAGUUAGUGAUUUGUGUGAAUGCAAAUCCGCUGCAAUAUCGCCAUGUGUUGUUCUGGGGAGAGAAAGGAUUGUCGAUCGAGACGAAUCGAGUGGAGGAAGACGAACUGUUGCAUGAUUUGCUGCGAUAUGAGCGAUUUGUGAUCGAUAUGCUGAACAUCAAUUUGAAUUUCUCGGAGAAGCAGCUGUUUCUGCGAUUGAAGCUGUUUCUGCAGGGAAAUAAUAAAUUUGUGUAUGGAGAGAAGGAAUUCCAUUUGUUGAUUGAAGAGAUGAAGCGGAAAGAUGUACUAUACGAGGAGGAUUCAGUGCUGAAACUGCGCCACUAUUUUGGUUUUGGUGUUUGUUACAAAGAGAACAAAAUGAAAAGUAAAUCCGAUAAUUAUUCACCACGUGCGCGUGGAGCUGCAUAA